GUUACAUACCUACAUACAACCUUUUCACCAAUCCUUUCUUCACUUCCACUCACUCUUUUACCAAACGAAAAAAAGAAGAAGAAGAAGAAGAAAAGUUGAUGUACAAGCAUUUUUUGCGCACCAAAAUAUCGAGGACCUUGUUGUUUGGGAAAAUAAAAUAUAGUUGUUUGGACGAGUGGGAGAGUGGAUUGCAGAGUCUCACAAGAAGUCAAUCUUGUAACUUUGGUUUUUGCUUUGGGGCGCGUGAUCGUGGGGUUGGGAGGUGCACGCAUACGCAUACGCACACGCACACGGUUGAGGAGAGAGGAGAAAGAUCGGGGGGCUUGGAUAUGGAUAUGGAUAUGGAUAUGCAAAAUAUAAGUGCGAAGGAUGUGGCGAGGUUGGCGGAAGAGGGGGGUGUUGGGGAGGUGAGAGCUGGGGAUGCGAAGAGGGGGAAGGGGGGGAAGGGAAGAGCUGGAGGCGCACAAAAUAGAGAAAUGCUUAUUAGUAAGGCGUUGUCGAAGUUGUUGAGACAUGCGGCGGAGAGUGAGGGGGUGGAGUUGGAUGGAGAGGGGUUUGCUAGGUUGGAUUUGGUGAUGCAAUGGCCUCGUCUCAAAUCUCUCAAACCUACCUUUGCCGAUAUCCGCACCGCCGUCACCGAUAACGCCAAACAGCGUUUCUCUAUGAAACCCAACCCAUCGCUUCCAGAACCGCCUUCUCCUUCUUCUGAAAAUCCAGCAGAUUGGAUGAUUCGUGCUAAUCAAGGUCAUUCCAUCGCGAUUGAUUCCGCAGCGCUGCUGAUCCCCAUCACGCUCGAAGCGGGGAACGUACCGGAAACAUGUGUGCAUGGGACAUAUUUUGCUUUUUACGAGGAGAUUUUGAAAAGUGGCGGAUUGAAGAAGAUGGGGCGGAACCAUGUGCAUUUUGGGACGGGGAUUCCUGAAGAUGGGGGAGUGGUGAGUGGGAUGAGAGGAGAUGCGGAGGUGUUGAUAUUUGUGGAUGUGAAGAGGUGUUUGGAGGAGGAACCGGAGAUGAAGUGGUGGAUUAGUGAGAAUGGGGUGGUUUUGACGGAGGGGGAUGGGGAGGGGGUUGUGGGAACGAGAUUUUGGAAGAGGGUUGAGGGGAGGAGGGAGGGUGGUGUACUGUGGAAGGAUGGGGUUAAAGUGGCGGAAUUGGAGGAGGGGUUGAGGAAUAGGAAGGCGCCGAUGGGGAAGGGUGGGAGAGGGGGUGGAGGUAGGGGUGGAAGGGGUGGAGGAAGAGGAAGAGGAAGGGAAGGGAAAGGUGGAAGAGGUGGUGGUAGAGGAGGUAAAAAUUCCGAUGGAAAUACGGAGAUUACUACUGAAGAAACAAAACCUGUAGAGGAGACUUGAAGAGAUUAUUUUACAUUAAAAAAAUCCAAAUAUAACUCCUAAAUUUACAUUUAUAUCUACUUUAUUGUUUCCUCAUAUAAUAAUAAUAAUAAUAACUAGCCGUCGGAGAAAAAGAAUUUUUCA